GUGUGACACUAGCCGUCUCUUUUGUUUACAAAUACAGCAUGGUUCGCUUCAAAAAUAGAUAUAUCCUUAUUCAAGUCAAAUCUGAGAAGAAUCUAAAACUGACAGCUGCAGAACUAGCAGAUACACUUAGAAAAGCAGCACAUAAACAUUAUGGAGAUUUUGGAUUAGCUUCAGUCAGCAAUUUAAAUGUAAAGUUAUUCUACGAUAGACGAAAAUUGGCUAUAGUUCGAGCAUCUCAUGGUCCACAUAGAUUUAUUACAAGCAUAUUACCAUUAAUCAAUAAGGCUGGAAAAGAAUUGGCUCAAUUGAAGAUUCUUUAUGUAGGAGCAACAAUCAGACAAUGUAAAAAGUUUGUGCUUAAUUAUAACAAUAAUGUAUUAAGAAAGAUCAUUGGAACAUUCAAUAGUGAGGCUGAAAAGAAGGAAUUUACAGACGAAGUAUCCAAUUCAUUAGAGAAUUAA